AGGGCCGCAUCCCCCGUAAUAAAAUGAAUUCUGAUUCGAGCUCUGUCUCCAGCAGAGCUUCAUCGCCGGACAUGGAUGAGAUGUAUCUGAGGGAACACCACCACCGCCACCACCACCACCAGGAGAGCCGUCUCAACUCGGUCUCCUCCACGCAGGGCGACAUGGUGCAGAAGAUGCCCGGGGAAAGCCUCUCGCGGGCCGGCGCCAAGGCCACCGGCGAGAGCAGCAAGUACAAAAUCAAGAAGCAGCUGUCGGAGCAGGACCUACAGCAGUUGAGGCUGAAGAUCAACGGUCGGGAGCGCAAGCGGAUGCACGACCUAAACCUCGCCAUGGACGGGCUGCGAGAGGUCAUGCCCUACGCGCACGGGCCCUCGGUGCGCAAGCUCUCCAAGAUCGCCACUCUCCUGCUGGCCAGAAACUACAUCCUCAUGCUCACCAGCUCCCUGGAGGAGAUGAAGAGGUUGGUUGGCGAGAUCUACGGGGGCCACCACUCUGCCUUCCACUGCGGGACCGUGGGCCACUCCGCCGGCCACCCCGCGCACGCCGCCAACGCGGUGCACCCCGUGCACCCCAUCCUGGGCGGCGCGCUCUCGUCCGGCAACGGCUCGUCGCCGCUGUCCGCCGCCUCGCUGCCGGCCAUCGGCACUAUUCGACCUCCGCACUCGCUGCUCAAGGCGCCCUCCACGCCGCCCGCGCUGCAGCUGGGCAGCGGCUUCCAGCACUGGGCCGGGCUGCCCUGCCCCUGCACCAUCUGCCAGAUGCCGCCGCCGCCGCACCUUUCCGCUCUCUCCACCGCCAACAUGGCUCGGCUGUCGGCCGAGUCCAAGGACUUGCUCAAGUGAGCAGAGGACGGCCCGGCAGCUGCCCAGGAUGAGGGGAGAGAGGCGGGAGGGACUGUGGUGUCGGGCCGGGAGGGGAGAGGGAGGCUGAGCACUCGCUCGGCCGGCGGGAGGGUGAGCGCGGGGUCCCGCGGCCUCCCACUCCGUCGGAGAUCUCAGACUCCGCUUGACCUCCCGGAGGGAAAGGACCAAAACCAAACUGCAAUUUCUAGGUGGUAACGAAGGGGGACUCGAACCAGACUUCGUGUGUUUUGCAUGCAUGCUUCUUUUCCCCAUGCCGCGCCAGUGCUUCUCACUUACAUAGGCUCUUGUCAAAACUGCAUUUGUUGUGUAAAGACGGGACCGGUGUGGUCAAAAACUUGCGAAGGGACUUUAGAGUUGGCUUUCUCUGGCUCUGUGUUCUCACCUUGGAAAAGACAACAUCCCUUUUGUGCAAAAACAGAUGUAAAUAUUUCCUGGAGAUGGAUGUAAUUACGAUUGUCACUAUCUCUCCGCAGUUGUUUUUCUAGAGACG